GUCGAGGGCUGUUGACUGGUAGGAAGGAUAAGGUUAGGAAAAGUAUGAAUUCAUGGAUAAAAGGAGGUUUAAAGAUGAGAAAUAUGUUUGUUUUUAUUAGGAAGAAGGAUCUUAGUGGGAUACGUUGUUUUUUGGGCGAAAAUUCGGUUGAAAUUGGACCAGGAGAUAGAAUACCAAAUGAAAAGUUGAUGGAGAAGAAUUUAACGGAUCUUAUUGAUUUGGGAGAAAUUCUUCCGAAAAAAGCGAUUAUUAUUGGAGUUCCAGGGGCAUUUAGUCCUACAUGUUCUAUUAAGCAUCUUCCUGGAUUUCUGAGUAGAUUGAAUGAAUUUGAGGAGAAAGGAGUUGGGUUAAUGGCAUGUAUUUCGGUUAAUGAUGUUUUUGUUAUGAAUGCCUGGAAAAGUUCGUUUUGUAUAAAGUCACCUAUGGUUCGUUUUUUUGCUGAUCCAACAGCACAAUGGACAAAAGCAGCCAAUUUAUCAUUUGAUGCUACAAAAGUAUUUGGGAAUCAUAGGAGUAAACGUUAUGUUCUUUUUAUUGAAGAUGGACUUGUCAAAAAGGCCUUUAUUGAGCCUAAUUCUGUCGGUCUGGUAGAAUGUAGUGCAGAAAGAAUUCUUGGUGCUAUAUGAUCUAUCUUUUUCUCAUGUUGUUGUAUUUUUUCUUAUCACCUUGCUU